UGGUUGUCUCUUGAUACAGUUGAUCGGUCUAAUGGCCUUAGCUGUCCUAGUUCUGGGCAAUAAAACCGAGUUAAAUCAUGUUGUUGAACGCGUUUUUUCACGUCAGAAACGUUUUGUGCUCUUUCCCAAGGGUUCGAACUUAAAGUUCACAGGACAAUUGAGUAAAAGAUUACUCUCUCAAUACCCAAGCGGAGUGAAUAUGAACAUUGAGCAGGCCUGCUAUUAUCCUGUGCCCACCACCCGUGAAGAUGUGUAUCCCAAACGCUUUCGACCUCGAACAACAACUACUCCGGUGCCAUUAACAACAACAGAGCCAACUUUUGUUUGGAUUCCGGGCACAGAUUGGCGCUUCAAGGCAACUGCUCUUAAGAAACCAAAACCCCUUAGAUUGCAUCAACGAAUUGAUCUUAGACCAGAUGCACCGAGCUAUGUUGAUACUACCCAGUGGCAGAAGUGGUCAAAGUAUGGACAACAGUACAAGGAUUGGACACCAGCUGAAAAGUAUACGAAGUAUGGAAAGUACAGACAGAACAAUAAAAAUUGGUCACAAACUGGACAACAGUACAACAACUGGAAGCCACCUGCAAGUAAAUGGAGUAAGUGGACUACAGAGUCUCCGCAAUGGAGCAACUAUGGCAAGCGUUGGCAGAGGUCUAAAGAAGAACCAAUGGAAGAAGAGCCCUACGAUCCUGAAACUGCUACUUACGAAGCCGUUUCCUAUCCAGACCUUCAUCAUCUCAAGGAUUGGCGCCACUAUCAUGCUCAUCGUGAUCGUCGACAGCUCUUUGAGCAAUUUGGUGGAUUUACACAACUACUCGGCGUCGACAUUAAGUCUUGUAUCUUAAGAGCCAUGUGUGACAGCAGACGUUUGCUACUGCCACCAGGAUAUUCUAUGAUCCAAGACAUUGUUCGGGUGGUCUUGACCAUGCCCACUGUAUCUGGACUUGAAGAUGAUUACAGUCGCAUAAUGCGCAUGGCUCCAGAAGAUUGUACUCAACAGUUGCGGAAUCAAUGUAAGAUAAACCUAUUAGCAUGGUUCCUAGGCCACAAUAAAACAUAA